AAAACAAGAUGUAGUGAUAGUUUAAAUGGAACCCGGAUGUUACGUAGGCGGUGACCUCAUAACCAGGAAGUUCCAACGCAGUCCACUCGACUGAACGCUGUGUACUAGCGCUCAACAGCCCUCAUUGACUUUUUUUUCUUUAAAAACAAAGUUGAAACUGUCAUAUUUCACUUGAUAGAUUAUUACUUUAUGUGCAAUUUUGCAGCCUCGUUUUCCUGUGUGUCAUCUGUUGGCACUAGAAUAUAUUACUAUCUGCGCUAGCUAACAACGCAGCUAACAGCUAGUUGAGGUUGUUUUGAUUAGUAAAGUGAACAAUAAAGUCACGUCGACGUGUCCGGCCUGAGCUUCAAGAGCUAGUGGCGCACUUUAAAAAGCUACGUCGAUAUUGUCCAGACGAACUAACAGUUAUUUUUUUUAUCCGAUUGACUUCACAAAGAACGGAGUUAGUAUAAUGAAUUCGUGGUUAGCGCACUAGCUAGCUUGCCAGCUAACGUCAGCGGCGACCGCCUAGCCUUUAGCCUCCAGCGUUGGGACCGUCCGGCUUGUCCCUGUCCCCGAAGUAGUGGACGUUGGGCGAGCUUUAAAAGCUCUCUGUGAACCGGAUCCAAUGCGUGGGAUGAUGGGCACACAGAGUAGUCCAGUCAAGAGCUACGAUUAUCUCCUGAAAUUCCUUUUGGUUGGAGACAGCGACGUUGGAAAAGGAGAAAUUUUGGACAGUUUACAAGACGGAUCAGUAGAGUCCCCGUACGCCUACAGCAGCGGGAUUGAUUACAAGACCACCACGAUUCUGCUGGAUGGGAGGAGAGUUAAACUAGAGUUAUGGGACACAUCGGGACAGGGCAGGUUCUGCACCAUCUUCAGGUCUUACUCUCGCGGAGCACAGGGCAUCCUGCUCGUGUACGACAUCACCAACGGCUGGUCGUUUGAUGGCAUUGACCGCUGGAUACGAGAAAUUGACGAGCAUGCCCCAGGUGUACCCAGAAUCCUGGUGGGAAAUCGCCUUCACUUGGCGUUCAGGCGGCAGGUGCCGACGGAGCAGGCGAGGGCCUAUGCAGAAAAGAACAGCAUGACUUUCUUUGAGGUCAGUCCGCUGUGCAACUUCAACGUCAUCGAAUCUUUCACAGAGCUUUCACGCAUUGUGCUGAUGAGACACGGGAUGGAGAAGUUCUGGAAGCCCAACAGAGUCUUCAGCCUACAAGAUCUCUGCUGCCGUUCCAUCGUCUCCUGCACACCGGUGCACCUCAUCGACAAACUGCCCCUCCCCGUGGCCAUCAAGUCCCACCUCAAGUCUUUCUCCAUGGCCAACGGCAUGAACGCAGUCAUGAUGCACGGACGCUCUUACUCGGUGGCCAACAGCGCGGCCUCGGGCGGCGGCGGAAGCAAAGCCAACAGUCUGAAACGCUCAAAGUCCUUCAGGCCUCCUCAGAGUCCCCCGAAGGAGUCCUCGUUAUCCUUGAAGGGGAGCUGUAAGAUUUCAUAGUGAUGAGUGGACUUAUGGUUGCCUCCAUGGGGCAAGUGUUAAAAGUGUUGUUUCUACUUGGGGUCACAAGGCCAUUAAGGAACAGGGAGAACCACGAGCAGCCUUCACCAGAAACGGAUGUUGCCGUGAGCUCACGUUGACCUUUGUGAAGUGCCUUGGGUGCUUGGAUGGGUUCCCGUUGUCUUUGGGCUUUGCUAGUGCCCUCUUGUGGGUGCCUGUUUACCCAUUUUCUAAACUAUAGGGGCUCACUAUUACCAAGUAGAACCAGAUUUCCCUGUGAUUUGUGGCUCACUUGUUAACACUACAAAUGCUUGGAGGGAAAAUGGCAAGCUUUUUUUUAUAUGUAAAAUUGUAUUUAAAGUUGUAUAUGUGCUGUUUGUGCAAGUUGUUUUGGUGGUGUUUGGUGAUCGAUCCCAGAAAGGAGCUUCUUGUGCUCGUUUUCUGCUCGAAUGCUUUUGUGUAAAACUUACUUGUGUGUCUUCUGCUCUUGUUUACCUUGCAAAAAUUCCAUUGCAACCUCAACGUUGCUGAGCUAUUUAUUUAAAACGUAUUUCUUUUUUUUUUUUUUUAAUUGAAUGUCAUGAAAGCGGCAGAGCGAGUUUUCCAGACUGACAGGAGUUGAGACAAGUACCAAGUCCCCAAACCAUUGUACGUCAAGCUCGACCUCCCUGGUGUCCCCUUUGAGCCCAAAUGAAUUCAACGUCCAUCUCCAUCCGUCUUCGGUCUGGACAUCCGUUGACUUUCUCAUGCCGUUUUUGCCUCUAAAGCUGACUGGUUUAAACCCCCACCAGCAGGACCAUCUAUUAACCCAUUGGGUUGUUGUGCAGAUUGUUUGCUACGUCACAGCUUUAUGCCUCCAAAAGGGGCUGUAAUCGUGUCAUUGUCCAGGAAUUUAUAAGCUCACAUUACAUUGGUGAGGAGUUUUUAACAUUUUGUGCUUGUUGGAUGUUUUAUUUAUAUGCAAAUGUAUUUCUGAAUGUAAAACAACGAGUCUCCUGCUUGCUUUUCUGUGGCCAUGUGGAAACGUUUGGAACUGUAGGAAUCAGAGGUGGAAGGUCACAUCCGCUAUUGUGAUAUUUUUAUAAACGUUGGGUAUUCGUACUAUAAAUGACAUUAAUCUUA